GCGAAAUUGAAAUAAACGUUUGAACCUCUCUCCUGCUGCUGGUUGUUUGCUGACUCCUCAAUGAAAGUUGUUUUUUAGCUGUGUGUCUACGAUCCUGGCUCAUCAACAGUUGUAAGAUGGGGGACUAUAUUGAGGUACAGAUCACCCCAGAGACUCCAGGCAGGCCUUCCAUAAGAAACCCCUUUGAAAGUCCUAAUGACUACCACCACCUCCGUGAACCCCUGGUGCCAAGUCCAUCUGUAUUCAAGUCUAAGCCUUCUAAAGCUACUCCACCCAAAUUUAACUGGUCGAUUGAUGAAAUGGCCAGUCUUCUCCCAGUGCACAUAGACCCAGAGGAAAUCCAGCGACAGUCUUUUUACCUCAGCCAGACAAGGACGGAUUCUGACAUUGAGGAAAAACGUCAAAAUGCUAUUGAGCAGUUUUUCACCAAAGGAGCUAUUGUGCCAUCCCCCUGGGCAGCACCAGAAACUCGUAAAAUCCCUCUGAUCUGUAAGAAAAGCCCUAUGUCUGCAAUGAUUGCUGAAGAGCCAGAAAAAAUCUCAGUUGCUUGUCAGACAACUCUUUCGUUACCUUUGGCUUUUGAUCUGGAGAAAGUACUAGGUGAAUAUUACAACUACAAGGAAGCGUGUGAUACUGUGCAGGAGAGUCUUAGUUCCUCCUCCUUAAGGCGAAAGCUCUUCCUCGAUGGCCAGGGCAGUUACAGUGGUUCAGACAGCUCCAGCCCACCAAGCCCAGAAAGAAGUCAUGUCAGGGAGGAGAGGCCUUCUCUAACCAGAGGAGAGGGAGCUGUAGGAGGGGUUGAAGGUUCUAAGGGAGAAGCUAUAUCCUCCAUCUUUUCCUCCCCUCUAUCCUGUGGUGUGUCGGCUCCAACUCCCUCUACGGGUCAGUUCUCGUCUAGCCCAAUCCAGCAUGGGUGCUUCCGGGACUGCAGCCUCGGCAGCAUUACCAGUCCUCUGUUCCCUGAUAGGUCAUCUCCUGCAGGCCUGGUCUCCCCCACGAUUUCUCCAAUUGUUCCACAUACAGCACGCACACCUAUGGGCUCAGCUGAGAGGAUGCAACCGAGCAAUUUGACUCCACAUGGCGUACCUCUGGACAUAGAUGUCACUUCCUGCAAUGAGAGCCCAUUUGUAGAGGGCUGCUCUCCCAUUCGUAGCUGCUCCCCACACCAGCUCCAUUGCCGCAAUGAGCCCCAGCACAAUGCCAGACCCAGGCCAAGGCCCAGAGUCUGCUGCUGGACCUCCCCUCCCCUAAUCUCCCCCAUCCUCAACCCUAAGCUCCAAGAUCAUCAGGAGUCUGAGGACCAACUCCCCUCUUCUUCUGUCCCCUCGAUGGAGCUAGAUCCAUCGUCGCCCCUGGCCCAGGACACUCACCCCACUGACACUGAGAGUGUUAGCCUGGAUCCUAUGGACACUGUGAAAAUGAUGGAAGGCAAAGAGACAGGGAUAGAACAGAGGCUGGAGGAGGAAGAGGAGGAAGCUGGAGGGCUUUCGGGACAACUGACCAGCUCUCGUAUGGGCAAUGUGUCAGCAACAGAAAGCUCUCAGAUGUUUGUAUCUCUUCUUGCAGAGGGAAGCAGCAUACGCUACGAUUCCAGCAUGCAGGUGGACAGUGGGUACAACACUACCUCAGCAGGCACCGCCAGUCUUAUUGAUGGCCUCAGCUCAGACUGUCACAGCAAAGAGUCCUUCAGCUCAAACCUGGCAGAAGAUGCCUUCCAGAUCACAAGACACACUAAAAUAAAGGUAUUUUAUCCUCACCACUGAACUAUCUGAUUGAUGUAUUUAAAGAGACGCCUCUUCCAGUAGUAAGAUGUAUUAAGAUGAUGAUUUUGCAAUCAAAUACAACAAAGUUUACACUAUGUUUGAAGCAUUUAUGUUAAAUUAAACUGCUUAAGGACAAUGGGGUCAACUGUUAAAUGAACUAUGAACAGAAGUAAAGGGUUUCAUGAGUGGUUAUUAGUUCUUUCACGGUUUAAGGUUCAAUUUGCUUGACUCAAAGCAAGUGCUUUGUCACAGUUUAU